UAUAUCCGAGGCCAUGGCCCCAGUGCUGGAGCCGUGCUGGUCCCCGUUCCUCCUGGGAGCAGCGGUGCCAGCCAAGUGCCACUGCCGGCAGGGCUGGUUCAGGGCCGGUUUCCUGCCCAGCUGUGCAGCCGAUUAGGAGCUGCUGUUCCGCCCCAGAAGUGACUGUGCUUGGCUGCGAGGACUUCGCUGUGUGAGAUAAGGAAGGUGCCGGCGGCUGCGGCCUGGCUCGGGCGUUGUCAGAUACAGUCCAUUAGCAGCAGAGUGCUGUGGGCAGCGCUUCUGCCAGCAGCCUCUCGUGUGUUCCCGGAAUCACCUGGAAGACAUCCCGGGCCAUGUCUCAGCAUUGGAAGUGUCCCGCUCAUCCCACUGCAGGGGACACAGGGGGUGCACAGCCGCCUCCAGCCCACCACUGCUCCUGAGCUGGGGGCAGCACAACCCACGGCUGCCCUGGAGCCCUUCAGCUGAGUUGGUUUAGCCAAGGACAUUGAGCCGAGGCUGUAGCAUGGUGGGAGCCAACCGGGAGUCUCUUUCUGGUGCGAUUGUGCUGACGCCAGUGUCUGCCCCACGGCUCACGGCCUCUCUCCAGCCGUCUGCCUCAGCAGAGAGCAAAUCCCGGGGUCAGCAGCUGGCGGCACAGAUGUGUGCUCCCCCUGCCCGGGCGGGGGGCUACACUCCCACCCCUUUCCCAGCAUCUCCCCAUGGGAGCAGCAGUGAGAGCCCAGCCCAGACCGAACUGACCGCGAGCAGUGGUGUGGGUCAAACGCCUCUGGACCGUGGGGAAGAGGUGUCCUGGCGGGGAACCAUCCUGGCUGCUCCUGCCUUGCCGAGCUGCAGCACUGGUGAGAGGAUGAGGGAGCACAGUCCUGUCCUGGCACCGUGUCCUGAGCGCCCCAUCACAGCUCAGGCCUGGCCCCGGGGACAGGGGGAUUGGGCAGUGCUGUAAUCCCGCUGCACCCGAGGGAUUACCGCUCACUCUGGCCUGGGGAUUAAGGGAUUUCUCUAAGUAGGGUUGAUGCAGCCUCCAGCAAAGCAGCUUGUGCCUGAGGGGCUGUGCUGUCUGGGGCAGGAUGGGUGUGUGAUGGCAGGGUGGGCUGUGCAAGGUGUGGGGAUCCCCAAAGCAGGAUGGGCUGAGGGGCUCCUCACCCAGGUAGUCCCUGCCCUCCUCACCACCAUUCUGCAAAGUCCUGUUGUGCCUGUGUGGUGGCAGCCCUUUGGCACAGCUUAGCUGUUUGGGAAGCAUCCUGGGACUCCACAGCAUGUCCCUGGGGACCAGGAACUGGGCACCAGGAAACACUGCUGGGGGAGCUGCUGCUGAGCCCCAGCGCCUUCCCUUGCACAGUGUGGGGUCAGCCUGGGCAAGGGGCAAGUUGCUGGGCCCAGCUUGGGGAGCUCAGGGAUGGACUCAGGUCAAAGGCGAGAGGCAGUGCAGGGGUAGCGCCAGGCUUGGAGAGCAGAGCCAGGGGCUCGGGCAGAGGCAGCUAUCCAAUUCCUCUUGUGAGGUGUUUGAAGCAGAGGACAAGGGGCCCUGCUGCUGACACUUGCAGGGCUGUAGCUCUGGUUUGUGAACAGCCCACCUGGCCUGGACAGGCUGCAAAGACCAAGCCAGGUAUGCAGGUCACUCUGUGUUGGAGAUUCCACCUGGCCCUGCCUCAUCCCAGUCACAGACCCAUGUGCUUGUGUCACACAGGGGUUUCUCCAGAUGCCAGUCCAGGCCCAGGCAGGAGCUUGUACAGCACGUGCCCAGCUCAGCCUCCCCUGUGCUCCUGGCUCCCUUAGCUGCCCUUUUGCCUCUUGGUGAUGUGGCAACCACUGCUCUGGCCCCUGGGAAAGGGGAAGUGCUAUUGAAAGCAGAAGGUCAGUCACAUCAGCAGUGAGUGCCCUGCUGCCCUGGCAGCCCUGUCAGCUGCCCUUCUCCCCUCUCUCCUCUCUGCAGUCACACUGCACCCGGUAUCAGGGACUGCUCCUGCCUUCCAGGGUGCCCUUCCCCAGCGCCUGCCCCACUCAAGUUACUCCUGGCUCAGCGAUCCCAGUGGAUGCAGGGGUGGGGAGCAGAGCUGUCGAGCUGCUCCUGCCCUGACAGGCCCUGGGGUUUGUUACUCAUGGCCAUGCCCUGUGCUCGAGAUCGCUCCUGCUUUGAGGAAAGGAGCUGUCAGUCCGGUUUGGCUUUGCUCAGUGCCUGUGGGGUUGGAGGGUGGGAGGGUUGUGCGUUUCCCAGCUCCACAGCUGUCCCCCAGCCCAGGAUCCCAGGGCAGGACCCCCCAGUUCCUGCUGCAGGAGCCCCCCACACAGCAGAGUGGGCAGAGGUUCUGGGGCAUGGCCGGGGCACACAGGGCUGGCUCAGGGCUGGGACUCGGGCCCCGUGCCCCAGAGCUGGGGGCUGGAGGCACCCCCACACCGGCAGCGCCGCGCUUCCCCGGUGCACCUUCCUCCAUGCGGCGCUCGUUGCUAUGCGACCGCCGGCUCCUGAUGCUUAAUGCUCUAAUACGGAGGGAUAAAACCACUCUAAAAAUACCCCACUGCCAGCCCCCCGCGGGGCCAGGGGGGCUGCCGGGGGGCAGGCGGCCUGGCUGGGGGGCUGCUGGGAACUUCCCAAACUCCUCGUCCUCUAAGUGGCUUUGAGGCGCUGCCGGGGCUCCGGCGGUGGCACGGGCUGGUGUGCCGGUGCGGCGGGGAUUGGCUGGGGCUGCGCGUGGGCUCCUGCGGCUGGAGCUCCCCUAGCAGAGCCGGCUCCAGCCAGAGCCGGAGCGCUCGGCUGCCCUGCCUGCGCCCGGCUCCACGGCAGCGGGAGCUGCCCCGGGCACUGGCCACCUGCCCGUGCCGGGGAGCCCACUGCUCGGCCACGCGCACCUGCCCGGCCUCUGCCUGCUCCUGCCUCGUCUCUGCCUGUCCCUGCCUUGCCCUCCCGGAGCUGGUGGCAUCCUGCGUGCGACCCCCGCGGCAUGGGGACAGUCAGCGAGCUCUGCGCCUCCAGUUUCCAGGCAUUCCUGUGCCCCUCGGUGGCUGCCAAGGCAGUGCCCAGUGACCUGACCCCAGAGGAGUGCCAGGAGCUGGAGAACAUCCGCCGGCGGAAGCAGGAGCUGCUGGCUGACAUACAGCGCCUGAAGGAUGAGAUAGCAGAAGUGACGAAUGAGAUCGAGAACCUCGGCUCCACGGAGGAGAAGAAAAACAUGCAGAGGAACAAGCAGGUGGCCAUGGGCAGGAAGAAGUUCAAUAUGGAUCCCAAGAAGGGCAUCCAGUUCCUGAUCGAGAACGACCUGCUGAAGAACACGUGCGAGGACAUCGCUCAGUUCCUGUACAAGGGAGAGGGCCUCAACAAAACAGCCAUCGGCGACUACCUGGGCGAGAGGGAUGAGUUCAACAUCCAAGUCCUGCAUGCCUUUGUGGAGCUGCACGAAUUCACCGACCUCAACCUGGUGCAGGCGCUGCGGCAGUUCCUGUGGAGCUUCAGGCUGCCGGGGGAGGCACAGAAGAUCGACCGCAUGAUGGAGGCCUUUGCCCAGCGCUACUGCCAGUGCAACCCUGGCGUCUUCCAGUCCACAGACACCUGCUACGUGCUGUCCUUCGCCAUCAUCAUGCUGAACACCAGCCUGCACAACCCCAACGUGAAGGACAAGCCCACGGCAGAGCGGUUCAUCGCCAUGAACCGCGGCAUCAACGACGGGGGGGACCUGCCUGAGGAGCUGCUCCAGAACCUGUAUGAGAGCAUCAAGAACGAGCCCUUCAAAAUCCCCGAGGAUGAUGGCAACGACCUCACCCACACCUUCUUCAACCCCGACCGCGAGGGCUGGCUGCUGAAGCUCGGAGGCAGGGUGAAGACGUGGAAGCGCCGCUGGUUCAUCCUGACUGACAACUGCCUGUACUACUUCGAGUACACAACGGAUAAGGAGCCCCGUGGCAUCAUCCCCCUGGAGAACCUGAGCAUCCGUGAGGUGGAGGACUCGAAGAAGCCCAACUGCUUUGAGCUCUACAUCCCUGACAACAAGGACCAGGUGAUCAAGGCCUGCAAGACAGAGGCAGACGGGCGUGUGGUGGAGGGGAACCACACCGUGUAUCGCAUCUCUGCGCCCACGCCCGAGGAGAAGGAGGAGUGGAUCAAGUGCAUCAAGGCAGCCAUCAGCCGGGACCCCUUCUACGAGAUGCUGGCUGCCAGGAAGAAGAAGGUCUCCUCCACCAAGAGGCACUAGCAGCCAGACUGGCCCUGCGAGGCCAGCGUGCCCCUGCAGCAGCCCGAGUGUCCCCCUGUCCUGGGGACAUGGGGCAGGGGCCACGCUGCAGGCUGGCCCUCGAGGCCCAGGGCCCAGCUUCAGCUUAGCCAUUUCUUUACUGUGGGGGGAGGGAAGGGGCAUCUCAGUGACUCUGCCCCCAUCACUGCCUCAUGCUGGACAGCAUCGUCACGGGCUCCAGCUGGACACAGCACCCUGUGCAGCCCUGAGCCCUGGCCUCAGCACCACGGGCACCCUCCCUGCCUCUGACCCCUGCAGUCCUGCAGCCGCUGGCUCUGGGUCCCCCCAGCUGCCGUGUUCAGACACUGCCAGGGUUGUGUCGGGGAGCAGCUGUGGGUGAGCAGCGGUGGUUUUGGGGUGCCACAGGUGCUGGGGUGCAGGCUGCCAGCCCCAGGGGGGCCCUGCAGAGAUACAGCCCCUGGCCCUCGUUGUAGCGGGCCUGGGUCUGUCCUGGCAUCCCCACGCUGCUGCCUUGGCCCCUCCCAGCCAGAAUGGUCCCCACAGACAGGAGGGGCGAGGGGCAGGGGCUCCUGACGAGCAGUGGUGCCACACAGGCAGAGCUGUGCUGUCACCCAGCCGUGGCAGCUGUGGUGUGGGUGUGGCAGCACUGGGUGCCAUCGCCCCAGCAUGUCCCUGUGUCACAGCCCCUGUGCACGGUGGUUGGUGCCAUGGUGGGACGUGCCCAGAGCUGGAGCCUCCCUCGGGGUGGGAUCUGGCUGGGUGGGGGCUGUGGCCCCCAGCUCUCUGCCUCACAGUCACCUGUGUCUUGUCCUGUCCCCAUCCCCACGCACGGUCUGGAGGCGCCUGGAUCAGUAUUAGUCUAUUUAUCAGAGGUGUAAAUACUCCUGUAUAGUUUUCUCCUUGUAGAUUAUUUUGUAUGUGGGUGGUUCAGUGCAGAGGCCUCACAGGAGUGGGGUGGGGGGGCAGGAUUUUUUAUUCUAACCUCUUUUUUUUUUUUUUUUUUUUUUUUUUAAUUUGCCAUGGCCUUGUAAACUAGUGCUGAAGAUCAGCAACAAAUAAAUACUUGCACC